AUGCACUGGCCGCACCUGCAGAAGGAAUCCGCUCGAAACAUCCGCAAGAGCGUUCUGCAUGACCGAUGGGUGAUGCUGAAUGCGAGUUUCGGCGAGGCUGUGGGAUGGGAACGCCCCAUGUGGUUUGCUCCCAAGGAGUCGGAAAGCAAAAACAUCUACUCUCACACCCGCCCCAAUUGGUUUGAGUACACAGCGCUGGAGUGCAAGGCGGCGCGUGAAAAGGCAAUCAUUCUGGAUCAGAGUUCUUUCGGCAAGUUCUUGAUUCAAGGAAGCAACGCCUGUGAAUUUCUGCAAGGAAUUUGUAGCGGCAAUAUCGAUGUGGAAAUGGGCAGAAUCGUCUAUACACAUAUGCUCAACAGUCGCGGAGGCAUCGAGGUGGAUCUGACAGUUAAUCGUCUUGAUGAAGAUCGAUUCAUGAUUGUUUCAUCCGCGACUUCACAGCCGCGCGACCAUGCUUGGAUUGCAAGAAAUAUUGUCACGAAGCCACGUGCAACAUUGACAGAUGUAACAUCAUGCUACACAGUACUUUCCAUUCAGGGCCCCAAUUCGAGGGAUGUCCUUUCCAGUGUAUCCAACGCGGAUUUCAGCAACGAAGCGUUUCCAUUUGCAACGUCCAAGUCGAUCGAAAUCGGUUACGCUCAUGCCAUAGCCAAUCGGCUCACUUUUAUCGGAGAAUUGGGGUGGGAGCUGUAUAUCGAAUCGGAAUUCGCACAGGACAUAUUCGACCGAAUCAUGGAUGCUGGCUCAGAUUUUGGACUAAAGCCCACUGGUUACCAUGCACUCGAACACUUGCGUUGCGAAAAGGCGUAUAGGGAAUUCGAUCUUGACCUUACUCCAGAAGACACCCCAUUCGAAGCAGGUCUCGGAUAUACGGUUGAUUUAGACAGGCCCGGUGAUUUUACGGGGCGUGACUCACUGCUGUCACAAACUGAAUUCGGCCUGCUGAAAAAACGCCUGGUCAUGUUUAAACUGAAUGACCCUGAACCUGUCCUGUAUGGAGAAGAACCCAUUUGGCUCAAUGGUAAAAUUGCCGGUUACCUUUCAUCAGGCGCGUUCAGUUUCACACUUGGAACAUCGGUCGGUAUGGGUUAUGUACGUCAAGCGGAUGGUAUCACAGAUGACCUGACCGCGAACGGAAUUUGGGAAAUUGAAAUUGCCUGCGAACGCUUUGCAGCAGUUGCAUCACUGCGCACUUUCUUCGACCCGCGUCGCGAAAGGGUUCAUCGCUGA